CGGACGGGCGGGGACAAAGCGCUUCAGAAGCUGGUGGACCGUGAAGGAAACCGUUGUCUCCGCCCCGGUGCUCGACCGUCCAGGAUCCCCGUUAACACGUUUACUCUCUUAAACUUUCCUAAUCUUUCAGUUCAUUUUGCUGACGGACUUAUUGGUUUAUGAACUUUUCGGAAUAAGGAGAUUUAUUUUCACAGGAAACAGAGAAACUCCUUCAGCGACUCGCAGUUCCGGGCGUCUCCGUCUGAGCGAUGUUUGACAAGCGGCCCUACGAGAGUCCUCCGGUCUACAGUCCGCCCUUCGGCUCGCCGUCCAACAACGGCUACGGCCCGCCGGGCGACUUCCACACGCCGCCCAGCGAGUACCACGCCUACCCGCCGCCGCCCGGCUCGUACUACGCCGAGGACAAGCCGCAGCUCUUCUACAAGUGGCGCUCGCCUCCGGGCCUCAUCAAGGCCAUGCUGGGCACGGUGGUCGUGCUGUGCGUGGCCAUCUUCGCCUGCGUGGCCUCCACCCUCAUGUGGGACAUGCAGUACGGGAUGGGGAUGGGGAUGGGGAUGGGUGGCGGGUACGGCGGCGGGUACGGCGGCGGCGGAUACGGUGGCGGCGGGUACGGCGGCGGGAGCUACGGCUCGGGGUACGGCGGCGGCUACGGAGGAGGCUACGGCAACAGAUACGGUUCCUACAUCUCGCCGUACUCGGCCAAGACCACCAUGAUCGCCAUGGCGGCCAUCAACUUCAUCGGGGCGCUGGCCUUCUUCAUCUGCAGCUUCUCCAAAUCCAACAUGGUGCGCAGCAGGAAGUUCUUCCUGGGCCUCAUGAUCGGCUGCAUCAUCAUGGCCGCCCUGCAGGGCAUCAUCAGCAUCGUCUACAUCGUGGGGGUGAACCCGAUGGCCCAGGGCUCCUCCAGCAUGAUGUACAACCCCAUGCUGAUGAUGUGCCAGAACCUCUACCAGACCAGCAGCUACUCCCAGAUGGGAGGCGUGGGCGGCUUCCCCAUGUACAACCAGUACCUCUACCACUACUGCUUCGUUGACCCGCAGGAGGGGAUCGCCAUGAUGUGUGGCUUCCUGGUCGUCAUCGCCUUCUGUGUCGCGGCGUUCUUUGCCCACAAAACGAGAGGCAAGAUCUGGCGCUACGGGAAACCGAACAUCCAAUGGAAACAGCCGCUCGUUGCCGGGAAGGCCUCCGAGGGCAGAGACGUGGAGGAAUGGGUGAACAACGUGGAGGACGGCCGCAGCGUCCAGGACGCCCCGACGCUGCUGCUGUCGGAGAAGAGCGCCGGGCUGCUCAGCGCCUCCGUGAACAGCGUCCUCCCCUUCCCCCCCGCCAAGGUGGACGGCAGCUCCUACAACGAGGACAUCUACGCCCACAAGGAGUACUCGGACCAGACCGCCAGCCGGCCGUCGGAGGCCUUCUCUCACGGCGGCAGAACCAGCUCCAGCCCGUCAGAGGGGCGCAAACCCUCCGCCAGCCGGGGCAAGAGACGCCGACGCAACCCCGAGCUGGACGAGUCCCAGUACGAGACGGAGUACACCACCGGGGGCGAGACGGGCAACGAGCUGGACCGGGAGGAGCAGGAAAGUGCGUAUCCAGACAUAACGUCGGAUGAUCAGCGUCACGACUACAAGAGAGAGUUCGACGUGGACCUGAGGGAAUACAAGCACCUGUGUGCCGACAUGGACGACAUCAACGACCAGCUGAACAAACUCAGCCGGCAGCUGGACACGCUGGACGAAAGCUCGGCCAUGUACCAGGCUGUGGCGGACGAAUAUAAUCAGCUGAAGAAUCUGAAACAGACGCCAGACUACAAGACGAAGAAGAGAGAGUGUCGCCGGCUGAGACACAAGCUGUUCCACAUCAAGCGCCUGGUGAAGGACUACGACAAGAACCACUGAGGAACCCACUGAGGAACCCACUGAGGAACCCACUGAGGAAACCACUGAGUCCUGACGCUCACAGACACACAAGAUACACUCCAAAAUACCACAAAGACAUUGACACGCCAAGACCAAAGUUACCUGUGCAGAAUCAACACACACACCCCUCGCUCCCACACACACACACACACACACACACACACACACACACACACACACACACGGAACAUCAGUUGAAAGCCACUCUCACACCGACGCAGCCUUUCCUCUCAGGAGUCGGUGUCGUCGUUCGCGGUGCGUUACCUGUGACGACCAGAGGGGGCGUGGUUUGAGAAACGUCAUUUACGAGUCAGCUGACCUUCAGUCGGGUGAUAAGCGGCUGCAGGUUUCUGUGGCUCUGUUUGCUCUCUCUCUCCAACCUCUCUUUGUUUUACCUCCACAGAUAAGAGGGGGAACAGUAUUGUAGUGACGGGUGAGACGGGUUGCCGGCUUUGUUUUGCAGUUUCUUGAACCCUUUGCAGAACGUCAUCUUUGUCCCGCAUGAACUUUAUUUAUGUUUCACUCAUCUUGUGCAGAACUAAUUCGGCAGUAAAGAUGAAACGGCUCUCUGCAUUUUUUUACUGGCUUUCUUUUGUGUCCAAAGCAAAUUUUUUUUUUAUUGAUUGUCUUUGAUUCAGUGAGACCAAAAAAGGGGAAAAAGUGGCCAAUGAGAUACGUGAGACAUCGUUGUAUUAUAGAUACUUUGAAUGAAUCCUGUUCAUACGACGCAGCAACAACACAUUUACAGUAUCUUAUCUGUUCGAUUAAUCUUAGUUCUGUUAUUUCUACUAAAGACACACAGUGGAUUGUUUUUUUUAAUCAUUCUAAAAUGUGCUUAAGCUAUGCAAAUGGUAAACAAAAACGUUAUAGAAUAUCUUUCAUCAUGCAACUGGAAAACACUGUUUCUGUCACUGUCAAGAAGCUCCACUCGUAUAUUUUCAUUCUUGAUUUUCUUGUCAAUGAAAAACGAUCAUCUGCUAAUUUCAUGUGUGGUAUUUUUUAUUUGUAUUAAUCCAUUAAUUGAGCAAAGUGUUAGGAUCUAGAGGAUGUCAUAAUGUUUUAAUUAUUCAGACACACGUUUGAUUACUCAUGCAUUUCUAUUUUUACAAAGAACAAUGUUGUCAUUUUACACACCAUUUUUUGCGAGCCAUUUAUUUUUGUACGAUUUUUAUUUUCCUCAACACUAUAUUAUAAGACAAUUUUUUUUGUAACUGUAUACUUCCAUGAGGUAUCAUGUCUAAAAAGUACUGAGUUCAAUAAUAAUAAACAUUUCUAAUUCUCUUAUAAUUAAAUCAA